CCUUCCUCCCUCCCUGGGCCUCACUGCUGGUUUGCUGAGCUGUAGACUGCCUUUGUAUGGGGUUCUUGCCUUGGAAUUCUUUUUAUGGUGGGCUGAUUUGCCCAGAACCCUGUCCCCCUGGACUCUCUCCCCUCCACCUGGUGUCAGCUGUGUUCCGGCCAGUAGGCAGUUGGAUGGCCUCAGCUUGUGUGUGCUCUCUGAGGGCAUCUACCUCUCACCUGCCCCUUGGUGCUCAGCUCUUCUCCUUUUGUCCCUCAUUCACGGGCUGCCCUCGAUGUGCUCUUACAUUGGUCUCCCUGCCCAGCCCUGCUGCUUGUCCCACUUGGCCCUGUCUUCUCCCCAGGAUCUGGAUAUCCACAUGGGGAAUCUGAUAAGAGUGUUUACUUCCUCAUGGAUCUGUUGUACACACUUAUCUCUCCUGUAGCAUUGGCCCCAAGGCAGAAAUGUGGUUUUCCUGUGUGUUAGGGAACGCUUAGAGGGGAAGGGAGAAGAAAGGCUGGAUGAGAGGAGCCAGCCGAUGGCUGGUGGUGGAGAGGAACAGAAGUCCAGCUGCACAAAGUGGGGACUGUCAUCGGCCUGAGGGACCUCCAGGAAGCCGUUGUCCUAAAAGGCCUGUUUAUAUGAUCCUCCUGGGAAGAACUAGGUGUGUGAUCUCUCUCCUCCCUCCUCUCCAUUAUUACUCCACUUCCCUCAUGCAUUGAGCGGUUCCCUAACAUGAACCAGGCCCCAUGAGGGGGGACACACAGGACACGGGGCUCCCAGUUUGGAAGAAGGCGGCUUUUGGUUACACACGCAGAUUAGAAGGGAGUAUACUCUGGUGUGUGGUACAGUCUUUAGUGACCCCAGGUGGUGCUUUGACAGUGGACACGGCUGGGCAUAUAGUAAGUGUUCAGUAAAUAUUUACUGUAUGUAGGAGGUCAUCAGUCACUCUGCUUUGGCAAAGAGCAAGGAGAUUUUCAGAGUUCAGUAGAUAAAGAAGUGAAUAGUGAAGCUGGGUCAAAAUGUUGGGGGGUCCGAUAGGAGGUUAGUCUCCUUGAAUGCUUAUUGAUGAGUGCGUAAGGCACUUCUCGAAGAAUCCGCUAGUGAUUGAAGCGUCAUUUGAAUAAGAGCCCAGGGUGACCAGAAGAAGAGUGACACACAGAUUCUGCAGCCAGGAACAGGGGUAGGGGAGUACAGAGAAGGGUGAGUCUAGAGUCAGUAUUAUUCAAAGGGCUUCCCAGUGGGGCUGGUGCAUGGCUGACCAGGCAGUUGGAGCAGGGAGGCUCCUGGCCACUUUCAUCUUUGUAGGCCUGAGUGGUGUAUGCCCUGCACCAUCUCAGCAGGUCUGCAGUCUUCCCACCGGCCGGUCAGCAGCGGCUGAUGUGAUGAAGUACACUGACCUCUAGGAGGUGUGCCCCAGGCUGGACUGGCUCUCAGAGGGCUCUUUUCUUCCCCUGCAAAGCUUUACUUCCCUUUUUCCUUCAAAGCUGCCCCUGCUCCAUGAAAUCUUUAGGGUUCCCUCUUCCUGAGUUGACUGAGCAGUGUUAUAUGUUCCUAGGACCAGUUCCCAGGCCAUUUGCCUCAAAAGGUUUCACUCGAAGGCACACAAAUUUCAAGGAAUUACAAAUCCCAUGGUUUAUUUUAUUUUAUUUUUUAAAAAUUUUAUGUAUUUGAGAGAGAGUGAGUGAGAGAGAACAGGAGCAAGGGGAGGGGCAGAGAGUGAGGGAGAAGCAGACUCCUCCCUGAACGGGAGCCCAAUGUGGAGCUCGAUCCUGGGACCAUAGGAUCAUGACCUGAGCCGAAGGCAGACGCUUAACCAACUGAGCCACCCAGGCUCUCCUCUCAUAAAGUUUAAACUGUCAUCCUUGCUCUAUGGCUCUGUCCUCAAUCGAAGAUGUUUUGUCCUUUUAUCCCUGAAAACAUCACCCUGCUGCCCCCUUCCAUCAGAUCCCCUUUCCAGUGUCUAGAACCCAGGGUCCCGGUAGAGCAGCGUGCUAGGUGUGAACCUGUGUGCCAGGCCUCUGGGCCCUUGGCCUGGGUGAGGUGUCUCUCUAGCCAGCCCUCUGACCUACUCGGGCCCUGGCCCCUUCUUUGUGCUAAAUAGCCAAGCAGAGGGCUUCCUGGCUGUCUCAGCUGGUAGAGUGUGCAGCUCCUGAUGUCAGAGUCAUGAGUUUGAGCCCCACAUUGGGUGUGGAGAUUACUAAAAAAAAAAAAAAAAAAAAAAAAAAAAAAAAAUAGCCAAGCAGAACCAGAAAGAGGAGUGACUUCCCUGGGUCACCAGUCUAGCUGGGUGCUUGUCUCAAUCGGGAUCUAGGCCUUCUCUCCUCCCAGGCAGCUUCCCAGGGGCAGAGCUUGAGGUACUGAUUGAGCAGAGCACUGACCAAACAUAUGUGACCAUGGGAACUGUUGCCCCCUCUCAUCCCUCCUGCUGCCAGAGGUUCAGACGAGCUGUGGUUUGUCCGGGAAGGGCUGAGCUGCGAGGUGAGGUGGGAAAAGCUAGAGAGGCAUGGAGGUAUUGGGUUUGACCUCUGGUUGUUGGUGUGCUUUGCUUUGAAGACGCUUAGAAACCCCAAGCCAGCCCUGACCACACUCCACACGCAGAGGGGCUCCUCUAGCUCCUCUGGUGUGUGGCUUGGUGGGAUGGCCUGGAACUCGGGAGGUAGUGAGGCUGUGUGGGAUGGUGGCAGAUCCCACGGGGUGGCGUGCAGAGCUCCAUGCCCUGGAUCGUCUCCAUGGGACCUUGGGGAGUGCAGCUUUCCCGUCCGGGACCCAGAGCAGCUUCCUUACAGGGUCAUGACCUGUGUCAUCCGAGCCUGGGACUGCCGCAAACCCCUGCUCUUCUGCCCUGCGAUGAACACCGUCAUGUGGGAGCAUCCCAUCACUGCUCAGCAGCUGGGCCAGCUCAAGGCCUUCGGCUAUGUUGAGAUACCUUGUGUGGCCAAGAAGUUGGUGUGCGGAGACCAAGGUCUGGGGGCCAUGGCCGAGGUGGGCACCAUUGUGGACAAAGUGAAAGAAGUCCUCUUCCAGCAUGGUGGCUCUCAGCACAGUUGAACCCAGGAUUUCUGUCAUGUGUAUCACUCUGCAUUCAGCGUGUUUUCAGGCCAAGUUUAUGAAGAAGGUGGACAUUGGCAUAAUGUGGUGAAGACUCCUGUGUUUACUGGGGGGUCUGGCCUGGGCCUGCUCCAGAGCCUCCCUGGGGCCUGGCUGGCCUCAGGUUCAAUGAGACCAAAGGCCCAGGCCCCAACUUCUUUCCAGCUGAGAGAUGCCUGCUUUCCAAGACCCUCCUUACCUUUUCCUGGGAUUGCCACAGCAGGCUACUGUACGUCCCUGUGCUCUGGGAGGGGGACUGAGGGAUGACGGAGAAACCGUGAUUCUCCCUGGUGCCUGGGAGCCGCUUCAGCUCCUUGGUGGGCUGCCCAGGCACCGUGCAGUCAGGGCAGCCUGUGAUUGGCAAGACACUGAGAUUCUCCAUAAACCAUGCGGUGAGAUCGGUGGGGCGAGGGGGUUGCUGACUGGGGAAUAAAGAGUGACCUUUAGGAGUCUGUGUCCUUCUUUUACCUCUGUCUGUGGUCUCGGAGAUCGGGGCAUUCCUUGGUGUGGCUGGGAAAGGGUCAGGGCUGACAACGGACUGGCGUGUCUUCCUGCCAAGCUCAUAUGGGUGGUUGAGGACUCAGAAGCCCGACAGACCCUAGUUGAAAUCCCAGCUCUGCCAUGUGCUAGCAGUGGGACCAUGGCUCAGGGCUCAGCCUUUCUGACUCUGGCUUUCCGCAUCUCGGUUAUCUUGCCCUCAUGGAGUUGAGAGGAUUAAACGAGGUUAUGUGUACAAGAUACCCACCUCCCUGCCUCUUACAUAGUAAAUGUCAACUAAAGGGAAGUUAAAGCCAAAU